AUGUCCACUCACAAAGGUUCUUGCCUAUGCCAGGCCGUUCAGUACGAAAUCACCCUACCCGGCAAAGGAGAGCAGCAGCUGUAUAGCGUCUGUCACUGCAAGAACUGCCAGAAGGGAGGCGGAUCGCCUUUUACGGCGAACUUCCUUCUGCCUGCCAAGAACAUGAAGCUAACGAAAGGCGUAGAAGGCACUGAUAUCGAGUCCUACCCGAUGACCCAGACAACGAUAGGUACCCCGAUGGUUAGGUAUUUCUGCUUCACUUGCGGCUCGACGCUGUACGGCAAGUCAUCGGCAAACGAUGCGGUUGUGAUCAUACAGUCGGGCUCGCUCGACGACCCCAUUGACGCGGACGUGCAACCGACGCAGGAGAUCUUCUCCAUGGACAGCAGGGAGUGGCUCAAGCCAUUGGAAGGCACACGGCAAGUGAAGAAGUGGUUCGAGUUCUACAGGCCUGCCGGCUGCCAUGGGAUACCGUCGUUUCACCGCGAGCUAGAGGAGCAUGACCAAAUGGAAGAAGGGGUAAUCGCAGCCGAAGACGAGCUGAAUGUUACGAUCCGACGUGUGUUUGAGGCCCCUGAGCCUCAGCUCACCAGCAAUUUGACCAAUUUCUUUGAGCAAGCAAGAGUGCUCCCGGUAGAUCAUAACCAUGUCCUUUACACCUUGACGGUUCUGAUGAAAAUAGUUCCCGCCACUCAGAUCGCGACGGAGAACCCCGCAGCGGAUCCACUGGGUUGCUGCUCAGAAUGGCCAUCUUCGGUAGAAGCAAGUGUUCGGACGGGUAUGAUAGAAACUAUGGUCGCAAUAAUCUCUGCGCCUUGGGACGAGGAGGUGCACACGGACCUACUAAAGCUUGUCAAGGGUUACAUGGCAAAGGCGCAUGCUUGGCAGAUACUCAUCAAUGUGUCUGGGUCGGGGAACAUCCAAGAGCGACGUACUGCGCUCGACAAGCAACUUGGAGCGGGGAUCAUCCAGCUAUGUUUGACGACUCUGUACCAUCGCGUGCUACUAUUGAGCCGAUCAGUGUCACAACUCCUUUGCCAGCUAUCUAGCGAGUCAUUCCUCCCCGAGAUGCUAUCACCUCGUGAUGCCGGUAUCGUCAUUUCAUCGCUAUGCACCUUCGCAUUGCAAGACUCUGAUGGAUACGCCGAUCAACUAAUCGACCCCACAAAAAAGUGGCAGUGGAGUCCCAGCGGACUGAACGUAGAUGAUCCAUGGGCCAAAAACGAUGAAUCUCGGCGUCUAAUGGCCAAGCGACUUUUUGGGGACGCGCAGGUACUCGCCCUCGACUCCGUUCGUGGUCUUCUCUGUUUAGACCGAAGCUGGUCGCCGAGACGCUUUCUCGAAAUUAUCGAUCAAACCCCGACUCUUCUUGACCUGCUUAUGGAUUGCACGAUUCUCGAGCUGCCUAGCGCUCUUCCGAGCAACGGAACGGUACUGGCAGGUCCAUGCCAUAACACAAUUGCAUGCGAGGCACUGUGUGCUCUGUUCAGGUGGCCAUUGGACACGAUCCCCGGGGUAAUGACAUCACCAGACAGAUCAUUUGGCGGCGGCGACACCAGGACAUUGAUCCAAUUGUUGCGAUCGUUUACUUCGCAGGCCAAAUGGGCAGAUAGACUCAUAGACACGUGGAUUUCCUCCGGAUCCUGGUGCGAAGAUUCUGAGGAAUUCAAAUGCAGUUUCGCUGCUGCUGAAUCACUUUAUAGUGAUACGCAAUCGCCGUUCAGUAAAGAGAUAAUCGAGGACUUUUUCGAGGGAUCCGGCCGCUCUCGAAUUUCACUCCUCCGGCUAAUCACAACUCUAACCCAUUUUGCCGACGCUGCCGGUGUCAAGAACGUCGACAUCUACUCCUUAUUGGGAGUUGCGUAUCAGGCUAGCCUCAAGAUAAGCCGAGAACUCAACCGUACUCAGAGUAUCUGUGACUGGCCAGCUUGGCUAACAUCAGUGACGGACAGCAGCUCCUACUGCGAUCCUUUCCACGUUGCGCCGGAGCGCGUCCUAGGACCAACGGCAUUUGCACGCCUACUGGUUGUACUGGCUCAGCGAAAUGCACUGAACAGCAUUCAACUCCUCCAAAAAUCACCCGACGGUCUUUCCCCUACAACCUCCCUGGCGCAGAUCCAGCAGAUGACGCAUCCAGACAUCAUCCGCCGUUUUCUCCACAUCUCCGUCUACCGUAUCAAGGGCUAUAUGGAGGAGGCCAUGUUCGGCCAACAGGGUCCUCCGCACUCCAGCGUCAUUUUCUAUGGCGCUGCAGAACUUGCGGCUGCCAUAGUUGCAUUUGUCAAUCUGACAGGCGACGUGCACACCCAAGUUACGUACAGGGCACGCUACACGCUCGUAGCAGCUCUGGGGAACCUCUCAAAAGUAGCGCUGCAGAUGAAGCAGUAUAAACGCGCGUACUCAUGGGCUUUGGCAGCUAUUGAUCUGGACAAGAAAAGCGAUACUGUGGACAAAGUUGAUGCUGACCUUGUCAAGGCGUACCACCGGUUGGCCCGCGAUGCUAAAAAGGCGCUCGAUUUGCACACUAAUAGUGGAACGGGUUGUGCCAACCUGCAUCCUGGGUUCUACGCGAAACUUUACGUUAAAGUGACAGCGAUGCUCGUAUACAUAAGCUGUAUGAGCGAGGGGAUUACGGGAACCUCGGAGACAGUGGAUGGAGGUUCACCUAGGGAUGAAGUGGACGAGAAGCAUGGCCGGUCUACAGCAUGGUCGGUCUACAGCAUGGUCGGUCUACAGCAUGGUAGAGGCGUCCUAGCAACUGAGACGUCCAUACACUUCAGCAUCGUCCAUAUUGUCUUGGAAAACGGGCAUAGCUUAGGCGACGGUAGUUCGGAGCAGAGCAUCAAUUAUUUGCAUCCGACCGCCAGUCGAGACCGGCGAUUCAAUUACCACGUGCAUAACAAUAAAACACACAUUGGAGAUGAGGAGCCGUCCAAUUCCAACCAAAGUGCGCUCCUUGUCGUUCCUAUUUGGCUUCCGGGAGCUCUGUGCUGUGUGUAUUGCAAUAUCAGCACUGAUGUUCUCAUGGUCGCCCCAUGA